AUGACUCCAAAAAGAUUCGAGGCCAAGAUGGUCGACCCCUCCCCCCUAGGCCAACCCCUCCACUUCUCCUUCGCAAACCGCUCAGCUCCAAACCGUUUCCUCAAAGGAGCCAUGACCGAGCGUCUCUCCUCCUGGCACCCGACAGAUCUCCCCGCACGCGGCAUUCCGUCCAAAGAAGUCAUCAAUGUUUACCGGCGCUGGGGCGAGGGCGGCCUUGGCACCAUGCUCACUGGUAACAUCCAGAUCGAACUCGACCAACUCGAAGCCGCUGGAAAUCUCAUCAUCCCACGCACAGAGCCGCCUUCUGGACCUAGAUUUGAAGCAUUUGCGGAGUUGGCGGAGGUGGCGAAGAGGGAGGGGAGUUUGAUUGUGGCACAGGUCAGUCAUCCGGGACGGCAGUGCCAGAAUACGAUUCAGAAGGAUCCUGUGAGUGCGAGUGACGUGAAGCUGGAGGGAAAUCUCUUCGGGAUGGAGUUUAAUAAGCCGCAUGCUGCCACCCAGAAUGAGAUUAACAUCAUUGUGGAGGGUUUUGCUCAUGCAGCCGAAUACUUGGAAAAAGCUGGGUUUGACGGGAUAGAGCUACAUGGCGCCCACGGAUAUCUCAUAGCGCAAUUUCUAUCCGAAACAACCAACCUCCGCACCGACUCCUACGGCGGCACUAUCCCCAAUCGCGCCCGCAUCAUCGUCGAAAUCGCCGCCGCAAUCCGUUCCCGAGUCUCCCCUUCCUUCAUCCUGGGCAUCAAACUCAACAGCGUGGAAUUCCAAGCUCGCGGCUUCCAGCCCUCCGACGCGCGCGAAAUCUGCAAGAUCCUGGAGGAGAAUCGUUUCGACUUUGUCGAACUAUCAGGGGGCACGUACGAGCAGCUUGGGUUUGUGCACAAGCGCGAGAGUACUAAGAAGAGAGAGGCUUUCUUUAUAGAGUUUGCGGAUAUGAUUGUUCCUGUGCUGAAGGAAACGAAGGCGUAUGUGACAGGUGGGUUUCAUACUGCUAGCGCGAUGGUGGAUGCGCUUAAGACGGUUGACGGCGUGGGGCUUGCGAGGCCUGUUUGUCAGGAGCCGCGCCUAUGCAAAGACAUUCUCUCUGGAAAAGUCAAUUCUGUAAUUCAGAAGGUGUUUGAUGAGAAUGACUUUAUGAUUCAAAACUUGGUUGCUGGGACACAGAUUAAGCUGAUUGGGAUGGGCUAUGAGCCGUUUGAUGCGAGUGAUCCAAAGGUUGCAGAGGCAUUUCAGAAGGACGUAGAGAAGUGGAUGGAGGCGAUGGGCAAAGAUGAGAAGGGAGAGAAGUAUGGAUUUGUUGAUAUUGAGAGUAUUCCUGCUGUGCCUUAUGGGACUGCUAUUAGGGCGGCUUAA